CCAAGCUCUUCCCAAUCGCGUGCACACACACCCCUCAAGCCCAAUCCGACCGUCUCCCACCUGCAACAUACACACGAGAUCGACUGCCCACAACCGCCGACCGUCUCGCCUCCGAGAUCCGCACACGCAUAUCCCUCAGACGCAAUGGCUUCCAGAAUCCUCGUAUCCUCGACAGCGAGCGGCGCGCGCCAUGCCGCCCUCGUCUCGGCCACGGCCCGACGCAGCUUCCACGCCUCUGCGCGGUCUCUCGCCGACGGUGUCGCCGCUGCUCCUCUGCCGGCGCGGAAACCGGUUGGCGCUUUCCGCGGAGGACUCUUCGGCUUCCUCCUCGGCAGCACGGUCGCAGGCGCCGGCGUCUACGGCUACAUCCUGCGCGAGUACAAGGCGAGCAACGAGCUCCUGACCGAGGACAUCUAUGCUCUGCAGAACGCUUGCCAGCGUCUGAACAACUACGUCGUCGCCUUGGAGGAGAAGAUGGAUGCUGCGGAAAGGAAACGCAAGUAAAAAACUGCACCAAACACGACAUCAUGCUAUCAAUGGGGCAGAAACCCAAUAGGCUCAGGGUGUUCCCGCGGAUUUGACCAGGCCAGAAGCAGCGCGCCGGGGUUUAAUGGCACUAGGACCAAACGCUUUCCGUAUCUGUUUGAAGGACGAAGAGGAACGAUCUUUGGAGUUCGGGGUGGAUAGCUACAUCCAGGUGCGCGGACAGCUAGGCGAACUUAAGUGUCUCCGGGGACGGAAGUGUAUAACACGCAGGGAAAUUUGAAGGUUGUACAAUACAUACUGCCUGAUAUGGUUGGUUCGUCAAGUAAUGCGAGUACCGCCGUAUCCGUGAAACAGAAAUGCCCAGUCCUGCUCUUAGUCGCGCAAGCCCCAGCCCUCAGC